UCUCGGGUGCAUGUGACUCUGGGAUUUGUAGUGUUUUACGCCGCCUAUACGUCAGCGGAAGUGUUUUGAGCGUACGCGAGCUAGGUCACAUUGGUUCACUUUUCCAAUGUUUUGAGAAACAAAACCGCAAUGGAGGCAGCUAACGCAGAGGAGAUCCAUCUGAGGCAUGUGGAGAAGGAUGUCCUAAUCCCCAAGUUGAUGAGGGAGAAAGCGAAGGAGCGCUGUGCUGAGAAAGUUGAAGCCUUCAACCACUGCUGUAAAGAAUCUGGUUUCUUCAUGGUAUUUAAAUGUCGAGCGGAGAAUGCUGCGCUGAAGGAAUGUCUGACAGUGCACUACAAGGACCCCGUGUUCUUCGAGGAGUGUAAGCAGGAGUACAUCAAAGAGAAACUGGAGUUUCAGAGUACAGGGAUCCCAGCAAAGAACAGGACACAAAAAGUCCCAACUAGCAUGUAAUGAAAAACAAACACCCAAAACAACUUGCCUCCUGUCAAGGUGAAGGUGUAGAGUGUGAGGCUGUGGCCAUAACUCCACCCUGCAAGUCCCACACACGCCUAGAAUACUUGGUCAUCUGGCAGGGUUUAUUACUCAGAAAGACACAAGUCUGUGGAUUUUAUUUAAAUUUGAGUGGCAUAUAAUCAAAAUAAAGCCUUUUUUUGUUUGUCGCCUUUACAUUACAUUUACACAAUGAGCGUACUGAUUGCUAAAAAUGCAGAAAGAUCUAAUCAUGGUACAGUAAUCUCUUGGACCUGAGAUUUUUAUUAUAGUGCGACACUUCCGCUCUGAAAGUGUGCUGUCAUAAAUUGAAGGAUGUUCUAUAUCUGGUGGACACUGUGUAGUGUGUUUCUGUAGUACAUGCAAUGACAGCAAAAGUGUUCAUCUGCAGACAAAAGAGUUAGACAUGAAAGAGCGUAAGAAGCCUCUGACAGCUAACCCAGCAAUGAACAGUAUGACCGUGACAUGUAAUAAAAUGUGAUAUUGUAAAUAAAAUAAUAUUCAGCUGUGUUAAA